GCCAUCGUGAGGAAACCAUGCCGAAGUCAAAGAGAGACAAGAAAAUUUCAUUAACAAAAACAGCCAAAAAGGGGCUGGAGUCCAAACAGAAACUCAUCGAGGAGUUUCGGAAAUGUGUGGACACCUACAGACACUUGUUUAUUUUCUCUGUGGCGAAUAUGAGGAAUAACAAACUGAAAGACAUCAGGACAGCAUGGAAACACAGCAGAUUCUUUUUUGGCAAAAAUAAAGUCAUGAUGGUCGCCAUGGGUAAAGGAGAAACAGACGAAUACAAGGAUAAUUUGCACAAGGUCAGCAAGCAUCUACGAGGAGAAGUGGGUGUGUUAUUCACAAAUAAAACAAAGGAUGAAGUACAAGAGUAUUUCAGUCAUUUCAAAGAGAUGGAUUAUGCGCGGGCAGGCAACCAGGCACAGAUGAACAUAACUCUGGAUGAGGGACCCCUGGAUCAGUUCCCUCACUCAAUGGAGCCUCAGUUGAGGCAAUUAGGCCUCCCCACUGCCCUUAAGAAAGGAGUGGUGACACUGCUGAAGGACUAUGAAGUGUGUAAGGAAGGGGACACGCUAACUCCUGAGCAGGCUCGUAUUCUGAAACUCUUUGGCACUGAGAUGGCAGAGUUCAAGGUGGAGAUCAAAUGCAUGUGGAACUCAGAAACAGGCGCGUUUGACAACUUUGCCAGCGAGGAAGAGUCCAUGCAGGAUAAUGAUGAGGAAGAUGAUGGUGAUGAUGAUGAAUGAAUGAAUGUCGAUGUAAUAAAUGUUACUUUUAAUGUCCA